AAACAACAAUUUGAACGUUAUUUAUUGAAAACUUCGAUUACAACCAAGUUGGUGAAUGUGAAAAUAUUCUUUCAUAUGUGAGAAUUUCUUGGACUUUAACGUUUUAUAGCCUCAAGAAUAAAAGAAGUUUUCAACCUCAAUCGACAAAUGACACUGUAUGGAUCCAGAUUAUGAAAAACGAUUGUUACUAGGACAACAUGGUAUAAGUCCCCUUUCCUCUCCUACAUCUCCAGCAGUUUCACCAUAUCGAUCACCACGGAAAGAGGUUUAUAGUGACAGAUUCAUUCCGAGUCGAGCUGGCUCAAACUGGGAGGUGGGAUUUAAUUUACUUCAGGAAAAUGUUGACAGCACUAAAAGUAGUCCUGUAGCCAGGGAAACUAGCCCUGAUUCAAAAGAGAGUCAUGCCUACAAUUGUUUACUUAAAAACGAACUUCUGGGUACUGAAAUCGACGAUUUAAAGGAUGCCCAGGGGUCUUGUAUCAACAACGAGAACCGCGCAACUCCAAAAUCGAGCUGCGCAAGAAAUCUGUUUCAGUAUCAGGCAAAAAGGGUAAAACGUUCAGAGUUUGAUGGGAAGUCCUAUUCGCUUUCACCCGUCAGCAAAAACAGUCACAAUCUGCUACGAUCGCCUAGAAAAGCUACGCGGAAAAUAUCGAAGGUUCCUUUUAAAGUUUUAGAUGCUCCUGAAUUACAGGAUGAUUUCUAUUUAAAUUUGGUCGACUGGUCCCAACAGAAUAUUCUCAGCGUUGGUUUGGGUACAUGCGUUUAUCUUUGGAGUGCAUGCACUAGCCAGGUAACGAAGCUUUGUGACCUCUCAGAUGAUAGUGAUUCUGUAACAUCAGUCUCGUGGGCAGAAAGGACUGGUCAUGUGGCUGUCGGCACUCACCGCGGUUUCGUACAAAUCUGGGAUGCCACUGCGCAAAAGAAACUGCGGUCUCUGGAAGGACAUACGGCGCGGGUCGGUGCGAUUGCUUGGAAUGGAGAGCUUCUGUGUUCCGGCAGUAGAGACAGAUCGAUCUUACAGCGUGAUUUACGAAGCUCAGAACCAAGCGAGAGAAAGCUUGUGGGACACAGACAGGAGGUUUGUGGUUUAAAAUGGUCGCCAGAUCAUCAACAUUUGGCAUCGGGGGGAAACGACAAUAAGCUACUCGUGUGGAACACAAGCAGCUCGAUUCCGGUUCAACAAUAUAACGAGCAUACAGCCGCUGUCAAGGCGAUAUCGUGGUCUCCCCAUCAGCAUGGUUUACUGGCAUCCGGGGGUGGUACUGCUGACAGGUGUAUACGGUUUUGGAAUACGUUGGCUGCUCAACCGUUACAGUCUGUCGAUACUGGUUCCCAGGUUUGUAAUUUGGCGUGGUCAAAACAUUCAAAUGAACUUGUUAGCACUCAUGGUUAUUCACAGAAUCAAAUACUUGUAUGGAAAUAUCCUUCUCUAAUACAAGUGGCAAAAUUGACCGGGCAUUCCUACCGAGUUCUAUAUCUUGCCGUAUCUCCUGAUGGUGAAGCAAUUGUGACGGGGGCAGGAGACGAGACCCUUCGUUUCUGGAAUGUAUUCAGUAAAGCAAGAUCGCAAAAGGAAUGUAAGUCAGAAUUGAACUUGUUCACGAAAAUUAGAUGAAUGUAUACAGGAAGGGUGGUUGUGUGUAAAUAUGACUCUCAUACUUUAGGCCUGUUUAUUUGCAGCCGAAUUAGCGGUUGAAACAGUUAAAUUAUUUUUUAUAUAGUAGCUUAUAUUGCCGGGUAGCUCGGCAACCAACCCACGGCCCCAUCUAAACAGGCCCUUAGAUAUUGAAAAUUGUAGGUGAGGUAUGUUCUGUAGUAGUAUUUGGGUGAAAUGGUGUAGUGUGGAAAAAUGAUGAUUGGAUGAAUAAAAUGUAGUGUAAAAUGCGCAAUA